AUGCCAAGCAGUGUCACCACCGGAAACCCCUUACAGGGUAACAGUACUCACCGACGCCGUGUAGUCGAUGCCAUGAAUGACAUGGAGAAAUCAUAUGAUCAAAUUCAAAUUGCUUUAUGUAAUUCUGCAGACGAUAUAGAUUCAGAAACAUUGAGUAAAAGCGACGGUGUAAGUUAUCAGUACUUAUUGAAACGUAAAAGGGUGCCGGAGAAGGUUUCCAGCGUGGAUGAAUCUAUGCAUUCCUUGGGUCCAAGGAAGAAUAUGGGACGUUUGGUAUUGGGGUUGCUCUUGAUGCUUUUGGUAUUAUGGGCGUUCUUGAAGCUCCAUUUCGUGAUCGGAGUCGCCGGAAAAAUGAUGAGAAGAGACAAUGAGAUUCUGAUUAUUCAGAAUUUCAAGAAUGAUUUAUCAAAUGUUCAGAGGGUCACGUUUGAUUCUGAAACAUCUUCGGGUUCUGCUGUGAAGAAACGGCAGAUGAGGGAAUUUCCGGUCCCUGAUAUUUGGAUGAAACCAAACAGUGAUAAAUUUUACCAAUGCAUUACUCGACCAAAGAAUCGCAUUAGGACAGGCUCGACUACAAAUGGUUAUAUUCUAGUUCAUGCGAAUGGGGGACUCAAUCAAAUGAGAACAGGAAUAUGCGAUAUGGUUGCUGUUGCAAAGCUUAUGAAUGCAACCCUCGUACUUCCUUCCCUUGAUCACGUGUCCUUUUGGAGCGAUCCUAGUGAAUUUAAAGAUAUUUUUGACUGGAGGCAUUUCAUUGAAGUUUUAAAAGAUGAUAUCGAGAUAGUUGAAUCUUUGCCGUUAAAGUAUGUCACAUCGAAUCCCUAUCUCAAGGCUCCCGUCUCUUGGUCAAAGGCUAGUUACUACAAAGAACAUGUUCUUGGUUUGUUAAAAAAGCACAAGGUGAUCAAGUUUACUCAUACGGAUUCACGACUUGCUAAUAAUGGUCUCCCGCCUUCUAUCCAGAGGCUCAGGUGUCGUGCAAAUUACAAGGCGCUCCGCUACACAACAGAGAUUGAAGAGCUCGGAAAGAAGUUUGUUGAUAGACUUGGGAAAGAUGGCGAACCAUAUAUUGCUCUUCACUUAAGGUAUGAGAAAGACAUGCUUGCAUUCACCGGUUGCAGCUACAAUUUGACUGCAGCCGAGGCUGAGGAACUUAGUGGCAUGAGGUAUAGUGUUAAGCACUGGAAAGAAAAAGAGAUUGACAGCAAAGAAAGGCGACGGCAAGGGGGCUGCCCUCUUUCUCCACGGGAAGCGGCCCUAUUUCUUAAGGCUAUGGGAUAUCCAUCCUCGACGCGAAUAUACAUAGUUGCAGGGGAAAUUUUCGGUAAAAAUAGCAUGGACGCAUUCCGAUCCGAGUACCCUAAUGUUUUCACUCACUCUACACUUGCAACAGCGGACGAGUUGGAACCCUUCAAGAAUUAUCAGAACCGACUCGCUGCCUUAGAUUAUCUUGUAGCCUUAGACAGUGACGCGUUUGUUUUCACAUACGAUGGGAAUAUGGCCAAGGCUCUACAGGGGCAUAGAAGUUUCGAAGGAUUUCGUAGGACUAUAAACCCGGACAGGUUCAAUGUUGUUAGACUAGUAGAUAAGUUGGAUAAAGGUGCUAUUUCUUGGGACAAUUUCACGUCUGAGAUCAAGAGCAUACACUCCAACAGAAUCGGAGCACCGUACCUUAGACAAGCCCGUGACACACCAAGACUCGAGGAGAACUUUUAUGCGAACCCUUUUCCCGGUUGCAUUUGCAAUAGUUCUAUGGAGAAAAGAAAGCGCAAGCGACUGAAUCAGAGACCUAAUCCAGUAGUCGCUUCAGAAAGAUAG